AUGCUAUCCUACGAUUCCCCCAUAUCCGUCAAUGGACCAUCUCCAGUCUCGCCAACCAACAUGUCCACAAAUCGUCCAGUUAUUUCGUCCUCCAAGCCUGCGCGGCAGUUCAAACAAGCAGACAUGAUCAUGACAAACAACACCAUGGCCUCGAACAUCCGCGACCAAACGAAACAUCACCACAUAUGGCUCGUCACGGGCCCUGCAGGCUGUGGAAAGAGUACGGUGGCCAAGCACAUUGCGGAUUCUCUGGGCAUGUCUUACAUUGAAGGCGAUGAUUUCCACCCACCAGCAAACAUCGAAAAGAUGAGCAACGGCAUCCCACUCACCGACGCCGACCGGUGGGACUGGCUCACCCGCCUACGCGAUGAAGCCCUGAUGCAGAUCCAGAUGGGGAACAGCGGUGUUGUUGUGACCUGCUCAGCAUUGAAGCGGAAGUAUCGGGACGUCCUUCGCGUGGCUCCAUACUUCUACCCCGGCGCCAAGCUCCAUUUCAUUUACCUGCAUGCCUCUGAGGAAGUGCUCUUGCAGAGAGUAGCGGCGCGCCAGGGCCACUACAUGGGCGCCAAGAUGGUCCGCAGCCAGUUUGAGAUUUUGGAGCCGCCGACGAGGGAGGAAAAGGAUGUCAUCAGUGUUGACGUCAGCCGAACGAUGGAAGAGGUCAACCGUGAUGCGCUUGACCAGGCCGUAAGGCAGCUGGCGGAGGACGCGGCGUAA